AUUUUCUUCUUCUUCUUCUCCAUUCGAGCAAACAUGGCGGCGUCGUUGGUGAGGCUCGUCCGCGGAGGACUCGGAAGGAGCUUGAACAUCUCCAGGAGUUCGUGUCUCCUGCAGCAGCAGAUCAGAGCCCAGAGCUCCAGCACCGAGUCCCGCCCCACCGUCAGGCCCAAAGAUGGCGUGGCUCACAACCAGCUGGCAGCGUUUGGAGAGUACGUGGCUGAGAUGAUGCCCAAAUACGUCCAGCAGGUCCAGGUGACGUGUUACAACGAGCUGGAGGUGAUGAUCCACCCGGACGGGGUCAUCCCCGUGCUGACCUUCAUGAGGGACCACACCAACGCCCAGUUCAGGAACAUGAUCGACCUGACCGCCGUGGACAUCCCCACCAGGCAGAACCGCUUUGAGCUAGUCCUGAAGUCUUCCUCAGGCCUAAAACAUAGACCGGGGGCCCUCUGGGCCUGGGCGUUCUGGGGGCCCCCCCGGGUGUUUCGGGGCCCCCCCGGGCGUUUGUUCGGGGGCCGACUCUCCCUCUCCGGCCCUCAGAUCGUGUACAACCUGCUGUCGCUGCGCUUCAACUCGCGCAUCCGCGUGAAGACCUACACGGACGAGCUGACCCCGGUGGACUCGGCCGUGCCCGUGCACAUGGCCGCCAACUGGUACGAGCGGGAGGUGCGCUAUGACGACGAGCUGAAGCGCGUGGUGGCCGAGCCCGUGGAGCUGUCGCAGGAGUUCCGGAAGUUCGACCUCAACACGCCCUGGGAGGUUUUCCCCGCCUACCGGGAGCCCAAGGAGGCCCCCCCCAAGCUGGAGGCCGGAGACGCCCCUCCAGAGAAGAAGUGAUGCCCCCCCCCCCCACCGCUGGGACUCCCGAUCCCAGACCUCCUCCCUGACAUAUUUCUGUACAUAAAAGUGCUAAUAAAACAGUCAUUAAUGUUUUUAUUGUGUUCUUUUUGUGUAUCUGAU